AUGUUGCGUAAUGUCUUGGAGCCUGCUGAGGAAGAGGAGGAGGAAGAUCAGUUGCCUGGGAACCUCAUCGACCGCCUCCUGGGCUCGGACCAAGGAGCCACGACGCAGCACUCCGAUGAGUUCGACGAGAUCGAUGCUAUCGCCGAGGGCAUCGAUGAGGAUCAACUCCCGGAUGAGGGCUUCGACGAAGGCGAGCUGGAAGGAGAGCAGGAGGACAUGGAGCCCCAGGAGCCGGAGGAGCCCCAGGAGCCGGAUGAGGAUGCCGAGCCGGUUGAGGAGGAGCAGGAGGUGGACGAAGAGAUGAGAGAGGCAGAGCCUGAGGAGGCAGAGCCCAACGAGGGAGAGCCCGAGGAGGGGGAGCCCGAGGAGGGGGAGCCCGAGCAGGGCGACCCGGACGAAAUGCAGUUCGACGAGGCAGAGCCCGACGACGAGCAUUUCGACGAGGUGGAACCCGACGAGGUGGACCCUGACGAGGCUCUCGAUCCUCCAGAUCAGGAGGAGCAGGAGCAUGAUGGCACCUCUACGCAAGGACAGGAGGCAUUUGAUCCCGAGGAGCCGCCGGACAAGCCGGUGGACGCGGAUGAGGAGCCGCCAGACUUCACGAAAAUGUCCGUGAAGGAGCUCAAGGCUUUUCUGCAAGUCCGCGGAGUGCGCAUCCCUGCUUGGGUCACAGAGAAGAGCGAUCUUCUGUCCCUGGUGAAGGACUCCGCGCAUCUUCCGAUUCGACCUCCUGAGGUGCGCAAGGAGAACGAGGAGGCCAAGAAGAAGGAAGAAGAGACAACUCCGCAGCAGAAGACCGCGGAGGAUCGACCUUAG